CCCUGAUACAUCAUCUAGAAAACUUAAGACUGCCUCAAACUUGAACAAAAAUUGUCAGCAGACUUUUUAUACGCAGAAGCUGCCGAGCCGAUCACCGUCAUCCCUGAAAACUAUGGAGGAAAUUUAUGUCAAUGUUGACAGACUGAAGCAGUCAGGAAGUGGAACAGAGGGCGUGACGAAAGUGACCCAACGUCCACUGAACGGUUCAAGCAACCAGAGCAGUUCAAGGAGAUUGAACAAGCGGCGCCGUUGCUGUGGUUUGGUCUUUCUGGGCCUGCUGACUGUUUCCCUGCUGACUGGGACUGGAUUCGCCGUCAUCCGUGUUCUCAAUCUCAGUGGCGUCCGGCAGAACCUGACUGAACUUCUGGAGAUCAGUAAUCUCCACAUUUCCUCUUUGACUGAGGAGAGAAACCAGCUGAACGCCAGCCUUACCAAAAUGUCUGAAUACAUAGCGAGGCUGAAGAAUGUUUGUCCUUCAGGAUGGAAAAAGUUGGAAAAUGAUUCCUGCUAUUUCAUCUCUGAUCAGAGGGGCUCCUGGGAUGAAGGCAGAGAGGACUGUAAACAAAGAGGAGCAGAUCUGGUGGUGAUUGAAAGUUCUGAAGAAAUGAACUUUCUUGCCAAGAACAUAAAUUCCUGGAUUGGUUUAAAUGACAGAGAACAGGAAGGCACCUGGAAAUGGGUGAAUGGAGCUCCACUGACUUUCACGCUUUGGGAGAAAAACCAGCCAGAUAACUGGAAAGGAAACUCCAAGUAUCCAGAAGAAGACUGUGUGCACAUUUCACACUGCUUUCAGUGGAAUGACUCACCAUGUAUGCGUUCUCAGCGUUGGAUUUGUGAAAUAAAUGUCACUGAAAUCUUUGCAAAUGGUUUGCAGAUUUAGCUCUGAUUAUUAUGCUAUGCAGCAACUGUGCAACCCUGCAAUUUCCUUCAGUAGAUUUGGAGACAUUUCAAGGAAAAUAAGAUGCUUCAGCAUUUCACAAAAGCUUAAAACAGGCAAAUAUGCAGCUGCAACAAAAUAUCAGUUAUAUUGUAGCGACCACGGGGGUCACUAGGGGCGCUAGAGGGCCGCUUCCCCGGAACUGAGUGUUGUGCCGCAAGGCAUGUUGGGUAAUGGACUGUGUUUGGGGGCCAUUCCCAGCCAGUUUAUGUGUUCUGUCUGGUUUAUUUGUGUUUCCUUUUG